GGAGUAUUUUAUCAAUUGAAAACUUGAAUAGGUAUGCGAGGGCAAUUUGUGUUGGCAUCAUGAGCAGGAAUAAGAAGAGCGAAUCGGAAGAGGUGGAAGAGCUGCUGCGUGCGGCAGAGGAUGACGUGUUCCUCAAGCUCAGUCUGAAUUCCCAUAUGGCUCGUGGUUCUUCCACCCAAUUCAUCGACCCAGAUCUGGAUCAACGUUUCCAAGUUCUCAGAUCCAAGCAAACUCCCCCCAAAAAAACUAUUUCCAAACAGGGUUUAGACAAUCAGCCACCUUCAGAUGACUUGCUUACCAGAUUUGCAGCUCUCAAAAGCUCACUUCCCGCUUAUUCUUCGUCUUCAUCAUCUGCUAAGCAACAGGCAGAGGCAGAGGCAGUGGUGGAGGAUGAUGAUGAUGAAGUAGAAAAGGUGAUUAAGUGGGCCAUUGAUGCUGCUAGGCUUGACCCUUCACCUGAUGGAGAUGACGACGACGAUGAUGAUGAUGAUAGCACCAUUGAUGAGGAUGACGGUGAAAAUAGUGAUGAUGAUAGAAAAGCUACGCGGAAAUGAUUUAUGAGUGAAUUUUCAGGAACACAUCUUAGACAAACUCCAAGGAUCAAAUUGCAAGAAGGAACUAGCUAGGUUAAUGAUAGCACACAGUAGAAGGAUCAAACAUUAUGAGAUGCCAGAUCACUAGCAGCAAUAUUUAGUUGUUAAUUAUCCCCACACUUGAGGACUGAAGACUAGAUGUAACAGUAACUCCUGCAACUAUCACUGUGUGAAGGACAUAAAUAAGUUGUAUAUUUAGAGGAAUCCCACCACAAGG